UGACGUGUGUGCAGUGAUCCAGAGAGAGGAGAUGACAGCUGAGUGGGUUGACAAUCUGCUGCUCUUGGACACAGAUGCUGUCAACUCUUCCCUUGCUUCAGUGCCCAUAGAGCAAGAUGAGUCGGUCCAUGUCUCGGACAACCAGACGGAUGACAGCUUCAGUUCAGUCCCUGAUCAACAGCCGAAUCCAGGUUCAGAAAGCUCUGGAUUAAUGCCAGUUCUGUGCCAGGGCAGGACCACGGAGAUCCAUAGUCCAAACAUUCACGAGGCAAGAGACGAUGAGAACGGUUUAAUCUUAACACAGCCAGUGGAUCAAACUCCACUGAUUGAAAUGAAAAUAAAUCAACCAAAUGUUGAUAAAAGCAAUACUUGGGACUUCAAUAUUGGUGUUGUAAUUGAGACUGACAAUAUUAUGCACAACAACCCUGACCUAAUUAAACUUAUGGACGUGGACGUGGUGAUUGACAGAAAUCAAAAUAACAAACAUAGUGACUUAAACACUAUAGAGGAUCUAAAUGAUGCUCAUGGGACUUUAAUGAGUCCAGAAGUUCCAACAUUAACAGAACACAACAGCCAAGAAGAAAUGGGCCAAUACACCAUUUUAAACCAAUAUUCUUCCUCUGGACUUGAGGUUAGCCAAAUGGCUAACGAUGACGAUCCGCUGCUAAAUGCUGUCUCUGAUGUAACGAAUAUUGAGCAACACCAUGACCAACCAUUCUCGAAAGCAAACAAUGAGAUUGAUGGAACUUCCUCUGAAUCUUUCAUCCAGACCUGCCAGGAAACUCCUGAAUAUAUUGAUGUAUCUGUGGAAGGAGCAACUCCCUGUAACACUUACCCAGAGAUGCAUGCCAUUGCAGAGGGCUUGACGUGUGGCGGCUUCACAACCUCCCAGACACCAAAGAUGGACAAUCCAAUUACUGACAUCCCUAUAUGCUUGGGCGAUUCGCACGAAGCAGACACUCUAAAUAUCUUAACACAUGCCUCCACAUUAUUAGAUUCUUUGGGGAUGACCAACAUCUUGGAAACAGCUGACAUGCCUAAGAAUGACAGUGACAUAAUUCAGACUAUAAAUAAAGACUUGGCUUCCUCAAAUGUUGGGUUUUGCACUGCCGUUUUAACCCAGACGGUUCAGAAUCAUCAUCAGGUUCCAGAACAUCUGGUUUCUGAUGAUUCCAUGCUUGAUAGAAUGAUUGAUACUAAAUUCUCAUUGGAAGACAGUAGAGUGCAACCAUUGGUGACUUGUAGCCAUGAACCGAGUGCAACAAUUGAUAAUUCGGAGUCAAUUCUCCCCCAAUCCAUACUUGAAACCCCACAGGUUGGUGAAAAACAUGAGAAGGAUCUCUCACAAGUGGUCCUCUGCCCAAGAACUGUCACAAAUGGAGAUUUAGGUAAACGUUCUGAGGAGAUCGAGUGCGCUUGCUUAAAGUUCACAGGAACAGAACGUGAUGUUGAGGCUGGUAGUGAGUUGUGGCUGGACGCUUUCCAGUUCUUGGCAGGUGAAGAGGAUGAGGGUGCUAUUUUUGACAAGGGGGGUCGUUCGUGCUCUCCCAGCCCCCUUUCGACCCAUACAGACAACACAAAAGCCGCGGAUCACACCAGGAGGGAAGACAAUUCAAUUGACCACCAUGCUGAGGACUGGGAGCUGAAGUUUCCACCUGUUGAGAGGUGGUCAUCCUCAGACAGCUGGGCUAGCGCUCUUUCAGACUGGUUCCAGGCUGUUAACACCUAUCCGGAAGACUCUUUUACCAGCGCUAACACUUCAAGCACUGGUUCCAAGCACAGCAUGGCAAUCCAGGACAACAUUUUGGAGCAUAAAACAGGCCCACAUAAUGCAAACAACAACGGACAGACUGGUCUGAACCUCCUAGAAACAGAAGAACCAGGUCAAGCCUCAAGUAGAGGACAAGUCGAGUCUGAUAACACUAAUGGAACUUUUUUUAAACAAGGAGAUGAAGACGGGUUUCCUUCUCAUUUAGACGCAGACAGUCGGGACAAUGCAGUGAUGGGGACUUUGAUUAAGUCUGAAUCUCUUAAACCAGAUAAUAAUACAGCCAUGGAUACGUUUAAUGCAUCAAAGUCAUGUAUGUCUUCUGCAAAUGAAUUCAAUGCCGAACUAAAUGGAAGUCAGCACAUCCCUGGAGAGCUUUGGAGUCGAAAGUCGGAGGGAAAUACGCUGGUGGAGGUGACUGAAGACAAAGUUUCCGUACUCGGAUCGGUCUUCGAUGAGGAACGUCAAAGCAGCUUUUCUUCUCAGAAGAUCUCAGCUUACACCAGCAACAAGCAUUUAACUGGCUGUGUGAGUGGCGACGAGCGGCGUCACGGCUCCAAUGUGAACCUCCACACAUGUCCCUCUCAAUCAGACAUUCACUUUUCUUCUGAGGAGGGACGUGCUGAAGGAAAUGGAUUGUUUGUGCAUUCUAACUCUGAGGACUGUCCCGUGAAGCCAAGAGAAAAGGAAAGAAAUACAAUUCCAGAGUUUAUUAUGCCGUUUGCUCCACUCUGUUCUGGAAAUAAUUUCCUCAAUCAUAGUUUAUUGAAAGAGGACAAUCCACAAGCUGAUCUAGGUCAUCCUCCUAAAGGGAUUAUUAAUGAGAUACACCUUAAGAGUGAUCAAAAUUCAGUCAGUAAUAACAAUUAUUCUGAAGACCGCUUUCAUACAUGCCCUGAACAGUCUUCAUCUUCAUCCGUUGUAGAUUCAGAUGAUCCUCCCAUCAAGGAUAAGCUUUCUAAGUUACUUUUACUGACAGGAGAGCAUUUCAUGGUGUCUGAGAACAAACGUGUUGCAUAUGUUACUCUAGAUUUGGAGGAACCCAAAAGUUUGAGUCAUUUUUCCUUGUCAAACUGUGAGGAACGCCCUAAAACAAACACUAUGCCUCAAAAGACCUCAGAUGGUAAAACGCGCUCUAAACAUAAGGAGAAACCAGCUGAGAAGCAGCAACAUGGGAUUCAAACAUCAAAAAAGCAAGAUCUUCAGUUUUCCUCCCAGGUGAAAGACAAAUUCAACUCAGAAGAAGCUGGUUGUAAAGAUCUUCCAGUCACUGUCAUUGAAACCAUCGUCAUCACAGAGAAGAUCGUUCCUAAAACCCAAGGGAAGAAGAAAAAGAAGCACGCGCAACAUAGUACGCCAAAACCCGAGAAUGAUCCACGGACUAACAUAGGGAGCAGGAACGCUCAGAAGAGCACAAUUGGCAAGACAGAGAACCUUGAAGUGAAGGUGGCGUCAAAUGGUCUGGAAAAACCAGCAUCUCAUCUUCCCACCAAAAUGGACAUUACUAACAAAGAUAGCUCUCAAAAAGUCAUGACAGUGAGACCCAAAGUCGAACUCAGUGGGGCCAAGAUUAACCCUGGCAGAAUAAAUGCCACUCAGAAAGCUGUCCCUAUAAAACUCAAAGCAGACGCCAGUAACACAGCCAAGAUGGAAAACAAGACGUGCAACUCAGAGUCUCAGAGCACGUGUUUACCCAGUAUGCCAAAUGACGACAUAAAGCGCAGGCGAAUUGCAGACAUGUCUGGAGCAGUUUCGAUAAGGACAAGACCACAGCUGCCUGCAAUUUUCCGCCAAGCAAGAAAAGAUGGAGAAGAUGUGCCUCGAAGAGCUUACAGUGAUGCCGUCAAGCAGAAGAUUCCAACACCCAAAGAAGUUGUGGUUCCUCGUGUAGUCUCAGAGAUCCAGGCUGACCCAGUCCCUACUGACCCCCAAAACAUCUUACUUUGGUGCCAGUUCAGUCCCAUCCCACCUGAUGCCACCAUUAAGUGGACUAAAGAGGGAACAGUGCUGUCAAACAUAAACGAAGUAGAGAAGGAUGACGGCCGCUUCACACUGACAAUCCUAAAUGCUUGCAGUAAAGAUCUAGGGCUGUACAAAUGCAGUCUAAUUGCCACCAACGUUUCUGUUUCGACCUUAGAGUACCAUCUCACAUCUGAGGUGCUUAUGGAACUAGUCAUUCCGAGUCAUUAUCAACCAGCUGAGCCCAGAGUUGUGAACGGGGACGAGGAGAACGUCCAGUGCAGCUCGCUUCUAUUUAAGGAGGAUUUUCUCUCAGAUCAGUACUUUGGAGAGAAUAAAUCAGCCAGCAUUGUGACUGAGAAGAUCCACUUCGGUGAAGGCAUGCACCGCAAGGCUUUCAGAACCACUCUUAGAGAAGGCAAUCUCCCACGAUUUAACCCUGGCCAUCCCUGCGUCCUGAAAGUCCACAACGUCAUCAGCUAUGGGACUAAAAAUAAUGAGGAACUUGUCCAGAAGAACUACAACCUGGCUGUGGAGGAAUGUCAUGUGCAGAAUACCGCAAGGGAAUAUAUUAAAGUGUACAGUAGAGUGGCCAAGUCUGCUGAAUCAUUUGGAGAGGUGCCAGAAAUCAUCCCUGUUUAUUUGGUGCACCGGCCGUCUAACGACAUCCCUUACGCCACGCUGGAGGAGGAGCUGCUGGGAGACUUUGUGAAGUACUCUGUGAAAGAUGGGAAGGAGAUCAACCUGAUGCGCAGAGACUCUGAGGCGGGACAGAAAUGCUGUGCUUUCCAGCACUGGGUCUACACACAGACCGAGGGCAACCUGCUGGUCACCGAUAUGCAGGGUGUCGGUAUGAAACUAACAGAUGUUGGGAUUGCCACCUGUAAAAAAGGCUAUAAGGGAUUCAGGGGAAACUGCGCCAUGUCCUUCAUUGACCAGUUCAAAGCUCUGCAUCAAUGCAACAGCUACUGUGAGCUACUGGGCCUGAUGUCCCUCCAGCCCAAGCCAAAACGCACCGUUGCCCCCCCAAAGCCAAAGACACAACAUGUGCCAAAGAAAAAAACCUUUGGCCCUGUUCUGAGUGGCAAAUCCUGAUUGGACAGAAGCCCUGAACAUUUGCUUGUAGGAAAAGUCGUGUUUGGAGGUUUUAGCAAUGAAGUCUUGCUUAGGGACAAUUGUGUUUCUGAGAUGUUUCUUUAAAUGUAAGAUGACAUUCAUCUGUAAGGACAUUAGGGAGGUUUCUUCUUUCUUGAGAGCUCUUUUUGCUAAUUUAAAUAAGCUUAUUGCUGAUUUGUAUUUAUUUUUUCAAAUGUUUUUUUAAGGGGUGAGUGGAUUGUGAAAGAAUUGAUUUAAUAUUUUUGUUAAAAUCAAAGAAAGAUAGAACGUUACCAGCCUAGGGUUUUAUCCUGAAUUCCUGAUUUACUCUGUUGAAAAGUUAAUAGUGCCAGUGGUGCUGCCAUGUUUCUUUAUUAUUAGCCUACUGCCACUAUUCUAUAAUAGACAUGCCAGAAUAAUAACAAAGAACUGGAAAUGGUUCCUUAUGUUAUUAUGAAUGUUUUUUUUUUUUUUAUGAUAGUAUGUUGAGUUUAUGUAAUAGAUGAAGCUUGAAAAGUAAAUUCACCCAAAAAAUUAAAUUCUGUCAUUAAUUACUCACCAUAAUGUCGUUCCAAACUCAUAAGACUUUUGUUCAUCUUUAUAACACAAAUGAAGAUAUUUUAAAUGAAAUCUGAGAGAUUUGACAGACAGACUCACAACUGAUGAGUUGAUGAAUGUUUAUAUGUGAAUAAAAGCUGUUCAUCUUAUUACGUGAUCGUUUUUCUUUUCGAAUUUGGACUAAACCGCUCAAUUCAUAUUUAGUUUUACAAUCUCUUUAGGAACUUUUUGAAUUAUCAAAGUGGCAGUUGCGUAGACUGUCAAUGGAGGGGCAGAAAACUCCCAGAUUUCAUAAAAAUAUCUUCAUUUGUGUUAUAAAGAUUAACGGUCUGACACAACACAAGGGUGAGUAAUUAAUGACAGAUUUUUCAUUUUUGGGUGAACUAUCCCUUUAAAUAUUUACUUUAUGAGUGAGAUGAAUGUACACUAAAAAUUGUUAAUGUAACUGCUAGAACUGAAUGUUGGAAGCUGCUCAUUUUCAAUGUUAAAAUAUUUCAUUGACUUUUCAUUAAUAAUAUUUCAUUUAGUUUACUUUAAUGAUGUGCUGUUAGUCUCUGGGUAGGUAGGAUAAGGUGAUGAAUAUGAUACAAUGGAAAAGUUUGUGCACUUGCCCUAGUAAACAGCUGUUGACUUGCCUCAGUAAGAAUGACAAUCCUCCCACCUUCACGUUUCGCAUCCUCUUUUGAAAGUCAAAUGACUUACUGCCUCAUCAUUACUAUAUAUAAACACACGUUUGAAGCAACAUAUUUGUCAUGUUAAUGAACCGCACAAAUGAAUCACCUGCAAUUAAAAACUGUGAUGUUCGCUGCUUUAUGCAAAUCUAGAUAGUCUUAUAUUUAAAUAUUAGUAGUGAAUAUGGGCUGAAGGUCAUAUAAGAUUUUUGAUUUGACUGAGCUUCAAUCCUGUAUUGGCUUUUUAUUGUCUUUUCUGAAUGAUAUGUAUAAUAAUAAAUAUUGUUUUGUUUUUUCUUUU